UUAUUCGGGGUUGUAGUAUUUCGUGUGAGAAGAGAGUGAAAAUUCUUUUCCUGAGAGUGAAAUUUGGGGCACUCCCCAAAGCAAGCAAGUAUAAAACUGAACCGACUUGGAGCGUAAGAAAGCAUAACAGGGACAAAAAUCUGGACGAUUCAGAAAAUUUUCUCUCAACAUCCAAAAUUGAUCAUCGCAAAAAGAAGACAUCCAAAAAUUGAUUACGUCCAGAGAUGACGGCGGCGUUCAGGCGACCGGCAGUCACCGUAGCGGCGGCGUUCAUGACCAGCCGAACUUGCUCCACUGCAUUUUUGGAGCCCUUGAGCUGUCGCCGCUAUUCGAUGCGUAAAUGCGCGCUUGCGGCGGAUGUGCUGCUUCCCGAUGCGGCUGACGCCGCGCCGCCCAAGCUUGAGAUGGUACCGUUGGUCAUUCAGCGGCGUGUAGUCCUAUACGACGGCGUUUGCCACCUUUGCCACACCGGAGUGAAAUGGAUCAUCAAGGCUGACAAAGAUAAGAAAAUAAGAUUCUGUUGUGUGCAAUCAAAAGCAGCUGAGCCUUACAUGAAAGUUUGUGGAGUGGACAGAGAAGAUGUUCUUCGCCGCUUCCUGUUCGUGGAGGCUCCUGAUUCAUACCACCAAGGCUCUGCUGCUGCUUUGAGAGUUUGUUCAUACUUGCCCCGGCCUUUUUCUGCCUUGAGUGCUCUCAUGGUUGUUCCCACCCCGUUGAGGGAUGCCGUCUAUGACUAUGUGGCAAAGCGACGCUAUGACUGGUUCGGAAAGAAGGACGACUGCUUGGUCCUCAAGGAAGUGGAGUUGCUCGAACGCUUUGUUGAUUGGGAAGAGCUACUGGAGCGCAGCAAAUCGCAACAGCUAUGAGACUGGAGGAACUCACAGGAGGACUCUUUUAGCACCAAGAAUGUAUGUAUAUAUGUUGCUCUUUCACUAGACUAAUUUCACCAUCAUGUGUGUGUGUGUGGUGUUUUUGGUUUAAAAGUUUAGUGAAAUUUGAAACCCUCACAAAGGGGCUGAUCAUAUGAUGGUUCUUGAAUUUAGAUGAAAUAAAUCAAAUGUUUCUAGA